UCCAAGUUCCAACUACGAAUAUGAUGAUGAUCCAAUCCAACACCGACACUACUUUGCUUCGGAAAAUUUUUGCAUUUUACGAUCUUCACUGUGCCGUCUCCUUAAGUAAUCAGGAAUUAUCAGUGUUACGGACAGGGUAUAGAGAAUGGCUGCCUACCGAUGGAAGAGCUUCUUCGAAGAUGAGGAUCGUCCGGAAAAGCCGAGGAGGUAUGGUGUUACGGAAAUGAGAGGGCCCAAUUAUUCUCUCUUCUCCCAGAACCUUCUCCAGGAUGUUUUUGAGUCCAUGGGAGAGUUUGUAGAUGGCUUGAAAUUUGCUGGAGGGUCUCAUAGCUUGAUGCCAAAAGAUUAUAUUAAAGAAGUGACUGAUAUGGCACACAAGCACAAUGUGUAUGUCAGCACUGGUGACUGGGCAGAGCACCUACUGCGUAAAGGUCCUUCUUCAUUCAAAGACUAUAUUGCAGAAUGUAAGCAAUUGGGUUUUGAUACGAUUGAGAUUGAAGCUGGAUCACUCGGAGUUCCGGAAGAGGCACUCUUGAGAUAUGUCAGGCUGGUAAAGGGUGAGGGUCUUAGAGCUAAACCCGUGUUCUCUAUUAAGGUUAAUAGAUCGGAUAUCCCAGCUAAAGAUAAUAAAGCAUUUGGAUCAUAUGUGGUUCCUGCACCCCGAUCUUCAGAGCUUGUUGAGGACAUUGAUCUUCUGAUUAGAAGGGCAGAGAGAUGCCUUGAAGCUGGGGCAGACGUUAUAAUGAUCGAUGCUGAUGAAGUCUGCAGACAAGCUGAUUCAAUGAGAGCUGAUGCUAUAGCAAAAAUUGUGGGCCGUCUAGGGCUUGAGAAGACAAUGUUUGAUGCAUCAAAUCCUAAGACAUCUGAGUGGUUCAUUAAACAGUAUGGCCCAAACGUAAAUCUUUUUGUCGAACAUUCUCAAGUGAUGGGCCUGGAGUGCCUCCGCGGCCGUAACCUCGGCAGAAACCAUUCUUCUAUUCUUGGCUCCUCAUAUUUUCUCUUUUAAGCUGGUAUUGAUAACUCGGGCACAGUGUUGCUAUGUGUAAACAGUAAUAUGUUCUGCUCUGCAUCGUGACUAUAAUGUAUGCGAUAUGCCUAUCAAGCUAUUGUUUUCUUAUUUGUGUAAACUACCCUAUUCCAGUAUAUACCGAGUACCAGCAUUAUGUAUCUUCAACACUGAAUCUCCAUCAAAUUUGGUGUUUGUCGAAUUAAUACAUUACAGUUGAUUGAGUAUC